AUGUCCUGUGAAGACGAGCACUUUAACCACUCCCAUAGCCACUCUCAUUCCCACGGCGAUGGGGAUGACCACUCUCAUAUACCCCCAAUUCAAACAAGCAGUGUACAGAAUCUAAGAGAGCACAUUGAUUUCUACCAGCUGAGGGCGCUCAACUGUCAACAGAAGGAUGAGGAUCUACAACGCCUAUUCAAGGCCAACGACGACAAGUUUGAGCUCAGCGGGUUCGUUGAAUCUGAUGCUGACUGUCAGCUGAUCCUGAAUAUCCCGUUCAACGGCAACGUGAAGCUAUACUCGAUAAUCAUCAGAUCCAGUGGUGAGUCUGCUCACUGUCCCAGAACGGUGAAGUUGUUCAAGAACAACAAGACCUUGGAUUUCGAUAACAUAGCAGGUUCUAAACCGGUGCAUAAACUGGAACAGCCAUUGGUUGGUCCUUUGGAUGAUACGGAGGCAAACGUGGAUGAAGAUACGUUUGUUGAGCACCACCUUCCGAGAUCUCAGUUCCAGUCAACCUACCACUUGACAUUGUUCAUCGAGGAUAACUGGGAUGACGAUGAGGAUGAAACUACAAAGCUAUACUACAUUGAACUUCGCGGACUGUUCACCAGUCCGCUGGCAAAGGAUCCCGUGAUAACACUUUACGAAGCUGCUGCUAAUCCAGCAGAUCAUAAGAAUCUGCUCCAGCAGGAAAUAGGCCAAUCUAACAACGUUGACUAA